AUGCUGCGGCAGUUAAUUUCACUAACAUUUUUGGGUCUAGUAGCAUCGCAGUUUUAUUAUAUCCCUGUGGUGCAACAGAAGCCAAUACCAGGUAUAGGGGGUUAUGCGAUUAGGACAAAUUGCUUUAACCGCUGUAACAAUCAGAAUCGGUAUCGAUGGAACUUUAAGCAAACAGGUUCGUUUGCAAUAAUUAUCUUCUGUUUCUUUUCAGGUUUAUCCCGUCCACUGAUAUCGAUCACAUUAUCCACCCCGACACCGCUUAAUAUUUUCACCAAACUGAUAACUUUACCACCAAUUACGACCCCACCAUCAUCUGCAGCAUCUGCUGAAACAACCACAACAACAACAGCCACAACGACUACUGCAACUACGACUACGACCACGACAACACCAACUCCAGCAACGACUACGACUACUCCUCCACCUAUGGAAACGACUACACUGCCAACAUCUGAACCAGAAUUCACCCCACUGUCAUGGUUUAUGAGACCUAUGAAAAAACUUACUCAUGAAAUCGAAGCAAAUCGUUUUAUAAACCCUUGUUCAACUGGAAAACCUUUAUCAAACGCUUAUGGAACACCAAUUUCAUGCAACUACCUUAUACAGCCAAAUGGCGGGUGUCCUGAAGAUUACUGGUGUCAUACUGGAGCGACAUUUACGACAACUUCUUGUUGCCCAAUUAUUGAAAGAGUUCCACGUUGCGAACAACCGCGUGUUGUCGGCGAAGGUAAUGAACUUGUUGCUCGUUGGUACUAUGAUGGAGCUUCAAAGCAAUGCAAGCGAUUCCUGUACAAAGGACUUAUGGGAAAUCCCAAUAAUUUUAUUACGAAAACACAAUGUGUAGAAGCCUGUGAAAGUGAGCAAAUUAUUGACGUUCACAACCCUUGUAAAUAUGGUACUCCUGCUCGAGAUCCAGACCAGAAGAUCAUUAGCUGUGGUCCCACAGACACAACGCAGUGUCCAAAAGGAUAUUAUUGUCAUAUUGGAGAAACAACUGUGGAUACAGCUUGUUGCGAAGGAUCUGGAUUGUCUGAUCCUUGCUUAUUGUCGCUGAAUGUUGGCCAAGGAAAAGCUUUGAUUAAACGUUUUUACUACAAUACUUUAGCGAAGCAGUGUGCUGAAUUCGUCUACAAGGGUGUAAGGGGAAACGAAAAUAACUUCCUCACAAUUGAGGAAUGUCAAAAAAAAUGUUUAAAGUGGACAAGCCCGUGUCCUACACUAUUUGAUUAUGCUGAAAGAAAAGAGUGUUCCGCAGAAAACAGAAAAUGUGAUAACGGACAAUGGUGUCAUAUCGGAUCUUCCAGUCAUACAACAACAUGCUGUCCUGGAGCUAUACAGAAUCCGUGCAGCCAGUCGUUACAGGUUGGUGAUGGGAAUGAAAAUCUGACACGUUGGUAUGCUGAUCCAAGUGAUCGUUCAUGUACCAGGCAAUGUAAAUCCUUCAUUUACAAGGGCACUAAAGGAAACCAAAACAAUUUCCUCACAAAAGCGGAAUGUGAAUCUGUUUGCAAGCCCCAGUGCAUAAAUCCUUGUGGAGGUAAUAAUACUAUGCUACUUGAACCGACUGGAAUUCCUCGACAGUGUGGCCCAACGUGGCCGUGUCCAAACACGCACUGGUGUCACGUUGGUGGUAAUGUUGAUACCACCGUUUGCUCCGCUAAUCCUUGUAAUCUCCCGAUGGAAAUUGGUAAAGGUGACCACCGUUUGACCAGAUGGCGGUUUAGCAUUAACGAAAAUAAAUGUGUAUCGUUCAUCUACAGAGGACUAGGUGGUAACCAGAACAUGUUCUUAACGGCUGAUGACUGUCGUAAUGUUUGUCCAUCAUAUGUGAAUCCUUGUGGGUCUGGAAAACCCUUAAUGGUCGGAAGCAAACCCAAAGUUUGCAGCCCGAAUGAACGUUGUCCUUCUACACAUUUCUGCCACAUUGGUACAGAUGACAUGGACAAUGUCUGUUGCUCAAAAAGUAAAGCUUUUUUUGCUUCAUUUGCAAAAGGAAUUGGAAAUGGCUUCUUAAAUAGAUAUUAUUAUGACAAAGACACUCAUCGAUGUCGCGAAUUCAUUUAUCAUGGGAGUAAAGGGAACGCAAACAACUUCCUUUCGCAGGAGGACUGUGAGGUUGUAUGCCCUGUUUAUCCAAAUCCAUGCCAAGAAGGUGAACCCUUGCUUGAUGAAAACCGAGAACCAGUAAUCUGUGGCGGAUCUGACACAUGCCCCAACGGAUAUUUCUGUCACGUUGGUGGCUCGCCGGAAACAACAAACUGUUGCCCCGGGACUAGAAAAGGUUGUGAUCAGAUGUUAGAAAUUGGUAAGGGAAAUGAGCGACUAGAACGCUGGUUCUUUGAUGGAAAUGUUCAACUAUGCAGGAACUUCAUCUACAGAGGUGCAAAGGGGAACUCAAACAACUUCUUAUCUCGAGAAUCUUGUCAGAAGAACUGCAAAGAAAUGAAUCCGUGUGGGGAGGGGGAGCCAUUAGUGGAUUCUAAUGGCGAAAGAAUUUUGUGCACUGGAGGUCAACGGCUAGAUUCUUGUCCCAAAACACAUUACUGUCACGUCGGUACCUCAUCAUUAACCACACUAUGCUGCAAAAGGAGAGCGAUCGAUCCUUGCGAGCAGGAAAGAUUUGAGGGAUAUGGUGGUGAUGCAUUACCAAGAUGGUAUUUCGACACUCGGAUCAACAAAUGUGCCAAGUUUGAAUAUGGUGGAAUGGGUGGCAAUGAAAAUAACUUCAUAUCUAAACAGACUUGUGAUGAAGUUUGUCCCGAAUAUCGUGGAUACUGCCCGCAUGGACAACCGCUAAUUGAAUCAAAUGGCAGGGAACCGAUCAGUUGCGGAAUCGAUAAAGCUUGCCCGACUGGCUUCAUAUGUCAUAUGAGCGCUGAAUAUAACGUCUCCAUUUGCUGCCAGGAUCCAGCAGAUUUUUGUUUACAACCCCGGGAUCCAGGACCAUGUCUUAAUUUCCAAAAACGUUAUGGAUACCACCCAUUAAGCGACACAUGUGUCGAAUAUGAUUAUGGAGGUUGUGAUGGAACUUUGAACAAUUUUAAGUCGUUACAACGGUGUACGGAAAUUUGUUGCAAAGAAUAUAAAAGGAGACUAUGA